UGUUCAUUCGUUCUCACAAUCUCACCUGCAUUCAGAGAUAAAGGGCCAAGGAAAAAAAUUAGAGGAAAAUGGAAGGAAAAAUGAUACUCCGUACUUAAUACUACUAGGCCUAGGGGAAUUCGCCUUUCUGUUACCCUCCUCACUUGAGAACAAGAACAUGGCUGCAGUUGGGUCAAUGCCUUCGUCACUGUGGAUUUCGGUUUCAGCACCUACAAAAUCAAAGAUCACUUCUUGCAAUGUCAAACCCAGAUUUUCUCUUCCUCUCAGCAAAACCCACAGUUAUUUCACUAUCUUUUCCACAUUUCCUUCUCAUUUCUCAUUAGGGUCGUUGGAUGCUAGGCUUCCCGGUCUAUUCUCGCCCAGAGCUGCUUCAUCUUCUUCUGUUGGAAAUGCAGAGUAUGUAGAGGAACCAACAACCAAUGUAAAGUUCCAAAGAUCAUUGAGCCUCCCCGGUUGCUGCACAUCUUUAUCUUUGCUUGGGACUGGAUACAGGGAAAAAGUUUUUGCAAUAAUAGGUGUUAAGGUCUAUGCUGCGGGACUAUAUGUCAAUGAAUCCAUCCUCAAUAAGUUAGAUGCCUGGAGAGGACGCUCAGCAGCUGAGCUACAAAAUGAUUCCCCGUUGUUUGAGACCAUAUUUAAAGCUCCUCUGGAGAAAUCUCUAAGCAUCGUUUUAGUGAGAGAUGUUGAUGGUAAAACUUUCUGGGAUGCGUUAGAUGAAGCUAUCUCUCCAAGAAUCAAAUCGCCCUCUGCAGAUGAUGAAACUGCCCUUUCCACAUUCCGUACCAUCUUUCAAGGGAGACCUCUUAAGAAAGGAACUUUCAUAGUGUUAACUUGGGUUGACCCAACCAAAAUGCUUGUUUGUGUAUCAUCUGAUGCAACGCCUUCCUCAAUUGAUGCUAAGAUUGAAUCGGCAAACGUUACUUCAGCUCUGUUUGAUGUAUUUCUUGGACGCAAUCCAGUUUCUCCUUCCUUGAAAGCAUCAGUUGCCAAUGGAUUGGAAGUAGUGCUCAAGUGAAUGCUGUGUUAAGUUGCAGAGUAGCCUUUUUUGGGUUCCAGCUUUGUUGAGUAAUUUUGUAGCAUUGUGUAGUCAAAAUACAUUAUAUUGCUUCAAGUUUCUCUUUUAGACCAAGAAUAGUAAUUAUUGCAAAGAGAAUUAAUAUCAGUUUUAGCUGC